AUGACGUUCAUAGCCAAGACCUUCUACGAUCUGAGGGCCACCACACUGGAGGGAGACCCUGUGGACUUCAACGUCUUUAGGGGACGGGUGGUCCUGAUUGUGAAUGUCGCCUCCCUCUGAGGCACCACCACCCGGGACUUCAGCGAGCUCAACCAACUUCAGAGCAAGUACCCCCAUCGGCUGGUGGUCCUGGGUUUCCCUUGCAAUCAAUUUGGCUACCAGGAGAACUGCAAAAAUGGAGAGAUCCUGAAUUCAUUGAUGUAUGUGCGUCCAGGGGGUGGCUUUCAGCCAGGCUUCACCAUGUUUGAGAAGUGUGACGUCAAUGGAACAAACACCCAUCCCGUCUUUGCCUAUUUGAAAGACAAACUCCCCUAUCCUGAUGAUGAUUCCAGCUCCCUCGUGCAGGAUCCCAAAUUUCUAGUUUGGAGUCCCAUCAGCAGAGCCGACGUCUCCUGGAACUUUGAGAAAUUCCUAAUUGGGCCAGAAGGAGAGCCCUUUAAAAGAUACAGCAAAAAAUUCCCAACAAUCGACAUAGAGCCAGACAUUCAAAGACUACUGAGACUAACCAAGACCUAA